GUGCCGGCGCUCAUUCCACCGCGGCGCGUGAUCACCUUAUACCAGUGCUUCUCCGUGAGCCAGCGAGCAGAUGCAAGGUACCGACACCUCAUUGCCCUUUUCACGCAGGACGAGUACUUCGCGAUGGUGGCCGAAAACGAGUCGGAACAGGAAAGCUGGUACUUGCUGCUCAGCCGCCUCAUCCUCGAGAGCAAGCGCCGCCGCUGCGGCACGCUCCGCGCGCAGCCGGACGGAGAGCCGGCCGCGCUGGCGGCGGCAGCGGCGGCGGAGCCACCCUUCUAUAAAGAUGUGUGGCAGGUAAUAGUCAAACCCAGGGGGCUGGGGCAUAGAAAAGAGCUGAGCGGCGUGUUCCGGCUGUGUCUUACCGACGAGGAGGUUGUGUUUGUGAGGCUGAACACCGAAGUGGCCAGCGUAGUCGUCCAGCUCCUGAGCAUCCGUCGCUGCGGGCACUCGGAGCAAUAUUUCUUCUUGGAAGUCGGCAGGUCCACUGUCAUCGGUCCAGGGGAGCUCUGGAUGCAGGUCGAUGACUGUGUGGUGGCCCAAAACAUGCAUGAGUUGUUUUUGGAGAAGAUGAGAGCCUUGUGUGCAGAUGAAUAUAGAGCCCGCUGCCGCAGCUACAGCAUCAGCAUCGGCGCCCACCUGUUAACCCUGCUGUCCGCUAGGAGGCACCUGGGCUUGCUGCCGAUCGAACCGGGCGGCUGGCUCAGAAGGUCCCGCUUUGAGCAGUUUUGCCACUUCAGGGACAUGGGUGACGGAGAAGAGAUGUUUUUCACCAGGCGCUUCAUAACACCCAGCGAGUCCGUGCCCCCCUCCGGGCGGGGAAGACUGCACCUGCCCAGCGUGCACAGGUCCAGAAGAGCGAUUUCAGUGCCAGCCAGCUUUUUCCGCCGCGUGGCACCCGGCCCGGCACAUCCCCCGCACCCCGCAGAAGCCCCAGACGAUAGAGCUUGCCUGUCUGCUGAAGUAUCUGGCGCUGGCUCUGGCAACUCUGAGGAGGAAGGCAAUCUUCAGGACCAAGAGGAUCAGGAAGAAAGUGAAGGCGACUACAUGCCCAUGAACAAUUGGGGCUCAGGAAAUGGCCGGGGAUCCGGAGGUGGCCAGGGCUCUAGUGGCCAAGGUUCCAGUAGCCAGAGCUCAGGAGGAAACCAGUGCUCAGGUGGGGGACAGGAAUCUCGAGGUGGACAGGGCUCAAGCGGCAGCCAGGGCUCAAGUGACCAGGGCUCAGGGGGCCAGGGGGCAGGAGGAAACCAGCGUUCAAGAGAUGGCCAGGGCACCGCAGGUGGGCACGGCUCGGGUGGAGGCCAGGGACCUGGAGGUGGGCAUGGCUCAGGUGAUGGCCAGGAACCUGGAGAUGGCUCAGGUAAUGGCAAGAACUCUGGAGGAAGCAAAGACUCAGGGAGUGGGAAAGGGUCUGAUGGUGAUGCUGAACGUGGAAAAUCUCUAAAGAAAAAAUCUUACUUUGGCAAAUUAACUCAAAGCAAGCAACAGCAAAUGCCAUCACCUCCACCACCCCCUCCACCACCACCCGCAGCUGGAGCAACUGGUGGAAAAGGUAAACCUGGGGGAAGAUUCCGACUUUAUUUUUGUGCUGACAAAGGAGCCACUAAAGAACACAAAGAAGCCAAAGGAGUGACAGAUGCAGAGACUCCAGAAGCCGCAGCAGCUCAGGGUCCCCACAGAGCUAGAGCUUUUGAUGAAGAUGAGGAUGAUCCAUAUGUGCCAAUGAGGCCAGGGGUGGCAGCCCCUCUAGCAAGCUCCAGUGAUUAUAUGCCAAUGGCUCCUCAAAAUGUCUCUGCUUCAAAAAUGCGCCACUCUCGAUCACCUUUUGAAGAUUCAAGAGGCUACAUGAUGAUGUUUCCCAGAGUGAGCCCACCACCUGACCCAAGUCCUCCAAAAGCACCUGAUCCUAAUAAAGAAGACGACUCAAAGGACAAUGAUAGUGACAGUGACUACAUGUUUAUGGCUCCUGGAGCUGGUGCAAUUCCAAAAAAUCCCCAAAAUCCUCAGGGUGGCUCUUCCUCCAAAAGUUGGAGCUCCUACUUCUCUCUGCCAAAUGCUUUUCAGAGCUCACCUUUGGGACAGAGUGACCACAGUGAGUAUGUACCAAUGUUACCUGGAAAGUUCCUGGGUAGGGGCCUAGACAAAGAAGCUUCCUAUAACUGGGGCUCCAGAGAUACAGCUUCAAAGUCUUCAUUUGAGGGGUCAUUCUCAAAGCCUGGAGAUGGGGGGUUACCUUCAAUGCCUUUGGAUGAUGGGCCCCCAGAGAAUGAGGCUGAGAGAUCUAACCUACUUCCCUUUAUUACAAAAGGGAAUGAAAUCAAGCCAAAACCACAAAAGCCCACACAUGAGCAGAGAGAAGCUGACAAAUCUAGUGAUUAUGUCAACAUUGACUUCAUUAAAGGAGACAGCUAUACACCAGAUCCCUCUACUCAAGGACUGCCAGAUUUGCGGGGCAUAAUUGCUGACCCCAGACAGUCAGCCUUUUCUAAUUACGCCAAUGUUGAGUUCGGAGUGCCAUUUCCAAAUCCAGCAAAUAACCUCUCAGAUCUUUUAAGGGCCAUACCAGGUGCCAACUCCCUAUUUCUGGAGGGUGCUAGGUGGCAUCUUCCUCUUUCCCCCAGUGCUACAGGUAGCAAUGAGGAAGAGGGUGACUACAUUGAAGUGAUUUUCAAUCCAGCGAUGACACCAGCCGUGCCUUUUGCUGACAGUGCCAUUCGCUAUGAUGCUGAAACAGGUCGAAUCUAUGUUGUCGACCCAUUUUCUGAGUGCUGUAUGGACAUUUUUCUGUCCCCCAGCCGAUGCUCUGAACCACCGCCUGUAGCCAGGCUGUUGCUGGAGGAAGAGCAAGAGGGAAGACGCCCACAAAACCAUUCGCAAAGUUUCUUUGCAGCCGCUAGAGCUGCUGUCUCGGCUUUUCAAACUGACAGCCUCGAGAGAGACCCCUCCUCCGCCUCUGCCCCAGCUGCCGCUUCGGCAGGAGAACCGACCUUAGCCGUGGGUCGGGCUUUGGCUGCGGCCUCGGCACUCGCCGCGGCCCCGGGCAUCGGCGCAGCAGCCGCGCGCUUUGAAGCAGUCGCGGGACUCGGCUCCGCCUCCGCCCGCUGGCUUCAACCUGUUGCUAACGCUGCUGAAGCCGAAGCAGCUGUAAGGAGGGCCCAAGACUUUGCCGGUGGCUCCAGUCCUGGAGCUCCAAACCUGCCAGCGUAUCUUGCCAGAGGCGAGAACGCGGCUGGCCCGGCUGCCGCUGCACCACCACCUCGCCGGCGCCGGAUCCCAAGACCCCCGGAGAGAGAAGAUUCUGACGACGACGACGACACCUACGUGAGAAUGGACUUUGCCAGACCUAACAACAAGAAGUUCGACUCUCCCAAAAAAGGUUGGUAA